GGAAUAAAACAUACUGCCCUAAUACCCCAAUUUUAGACAAGCGCCGCAUGUCUCUCUCACUCUCUCUUCUCUUUUGCUGUCCCCAAUUUUAGCCGUCCCCUUUCCAAGCUUCAAAGAGGAGCAAGACAAAAUCUGAGCUUCCAGUCCACCGCCUCUCUUUCUCUUCGGCCCCGGGCAAUUAGUUAAAAGGAAGGAAGGAAGGAAAGAAGCAGUUGCAGUGCCCAAACCAAUUUUUAAAAAAAAAAAAAUCUGAAAGGAUCUAUUUGCAGUGGAAGAAGCCAGGUCCUGAUAUGGAUCUAGUUGUCUUGGAUGAUGAUAGAUUGGUUGCUAGACAAUUUUGUACACUACGAUACGACAGCUGUUGUUGUAUCACAGGUGCUGAACCAGAGAUCCACAUCUAAUCGAGGGUAGAAAAAGAAUCAGCUUAAACUUGCAGUUAAUGUUACGCGUUUGGAGUCCCAGCCUUGAUCAACCGCGCUAUCUUUUUGCGGCUUCUCUCCGCAGGCGUCGCUGUGACACCAAUUUUAUUUCUACAUUAACGCUCCUACAAAUUAUUUCAUUUUGAAAGAACAUCAAGAAACAAGCAGUGCAAUACCAAAUCCCGAUCCCCUUUUUGUUAGGUAAAUACUACCAGCCCUUUUGUUUUUGGGUUUACCGCCCCCUUGAAUAUCUCAGGGGCCGGUUUGGCUUGCAAUUUUCAAUUUUCUUCUUCAUUGGUGUCAACAAUGGAGAAGGAUAACAAGAAGUACAUCACGGAUGAAGAGCUGAAGAAGCAUAACAGGUCUGAUGAUUUGUGGAUUUCUAUCCAUGGGAAAGUCUACGAUGUCACAGAUUGGGUAAAAGACCAUCCCGGCGGAGAUGUUCCCAUCCUGGAUUUGGCUGGCCAAGACGCAACCGAUGCGUUCAUUGCUUUCCAUCCCGGCAGCGCAUGGAAGUAUCUUGACAGAUUUUUUACAGGUUAUUAUCUGAAAGAUUUCCAGGUUUCAGAGGUUUCCAAAGAUUACCGGAGAAUUGCUACAGAAUUUACGAAAGCUGGUAUGUUCGAGAAAAAAGGCCACGGGGUGGUUUGUUCCCUUGGCCUGGUUUCAUUGUUGUUUUCAAUUUCCGUUUAUGGUGUGUUAUGUAGCAACAGUUUCUGGAUGCAUAUGUUUUGUGGUGCCCUGUUGGGGUUCUCGUGGGUGCAAGUGACUUUCUUGGGUCAUGAUUCUGGACAUUAUCAGAUCAUGAGUACCAGAGGAUUCAAUAAGUUAGCCCAAAUCCUCACCGGUAACUGCCUCACUGGAAUCAGCAUUGCCUGGUGGAAAUGGACGCAUAACGCCCACCAUGUCGCAUGCAACAGCCUUGAUCAUGACCCCGAUCUGCAGCAUUUGCCUGUUUUUGCAGUCUCCACAAACUUUUUUAAAUCGCUUACUUCCAAAUUUUAUGGAAGAAAGCUGACAUUUGAUUCAAUGGCGAGAUUUCUUGUGAGUUAUCAGCAUUUCACGUUUUACCCAGUAAUGGUAGUUGCAAGAAUAAAUCUUUAUCUGCAGACGCUCUUGCUGUUGUUCUCGAAAAGAAAAGUGCCAGACAGGGCACUGAACAUUUUGGGCGUCUGUGUUUUCUGGACAUGGUUCCCUCUGCUGAUCUCAUGCCUUCCCAAUUGGCAUGAAAGGAUAUUGUUUGUUCUGGCAAGCUUUUUCGUGUCUGCUUUCCAACAUAUUCAGUUCUGUUUGAACCAUUUCGCUGCAAAUACCUACGUUGGAGCACCUCAAGGGAAUGAUUGGUUUCAGAAACAGACCAGUGGCACCAUUGACAUCUCUUGCCCUUCUUGGAUGGACUGGGUCUAUGGCGGAUUGCAAUUCCAGCUUGAGCAUCAUUUGUUCCCCAGGUUGCCCAGGUGCCAUCUCAGGAGAAUUUCGCCCCUGGUCCAGGACCUCUGCAAGAAGCAUAAUUUGCCUUACAGAAGUUAUGGCUUCUAUCAGGCCAAUUUGACAACAAUCAGGACUCUUAGGGCUGCAGCAUUACAGGCUCGUGAUCUCACCAACCCUGUUCCGCAGAAUUUGCUCUGGGAAGCUUUCAACACUCAUGGCUGAGGAUUUCACGGAUGCAUCAAAUCUGUCCUUUCUUUUUUCGUUAUUUAGUCCGAGUAGGUCAGUUAUUUGUCUUCUUAGCAUUGUUUGGAUUUGAUUUUAUUUGCAAAAAAUUAUCUGAUUGUAUCGUGAACGCAUCUUCAAAUUACCUUGUUAUCUU